AUGACCGAUACCCAGAACAAGGAUGCGCACAAGCAAAGGUGCAGACAAGCAGCCCAAUGGCGACGUCUUCUGGAAAACUUGGAAUACGACCAGCUGGCUUCGUGCUUGCCAAUGCACCAAGAGGUCAGUCGCUCUCUUCUUGACAAAGCCGGGUUGGUCAGAAUGGCCAUCAGCUACCUCAGACUUCACAGAUUCAUAAACGACGGGCUUCCCAGUUGGGAGGUCGUCGCCAGCGACGGUGAGCGCAAUCAGUACAAUCGUGCAACGGACGGCUUCCUAUUCUGCCUGUCCGAAAGCUUUCAGAUCCUUUACGUUUCAGAAACCGUUAGCCUGGGUUUUGGUCUUUCUCAGAUCGACUUGAUCGGGACUUCACUUUUGCAGUAUAUUUAUAAAGAUGAUGUGCAGGUUUUCUUGUCCCUUGCGAACCAAUGUUGCCCUGACGCUGGACCCGGAAUCGCGAAGGCAGUUUUGAGAAUGUGGUCUACGCUUACUAGGAGAAAUUGCAAAGAAAAGAGCGAACAACCAACAGGAUAUAAGGUGAUAAUGUAUUUAAAUGUUUAUUAA